UAUUGUGCUGUCUUGUUUCGUCAGUGAUGCAUAGUGAUCUUGCCUUUUUCCCUACAAGGCAUGUUUUCACUAUAUCUCUCGUAUAUGGCUCCGGGAUUAAUUUCACAGCCCUAAUUUAUCACUUCGCAUUUCAUUAAGCCUACUUAAUUUUACUGAUAUCCUAAACGGAUGGAUGUCCAUUUCCACCGCCUACUUGCGUUUAUUUUAGCGAAUUGGAUCGCCACCGCAAUCUGAGUUGUGCCCUCUGCUCAAGGCAAUUCGCGUCAUGACCUGUCUAUUCUUUCAAAUUCGCUAAAUGGCAUUUUCCUUCGGUACUAGUGUUCUCAAAGAAGUUAGACAUAAUUCGUUUUCGAAUCCUUUUCAUCAAAUGAAGACUACUGUGGGGAUUUGAUUAGGUUCUUCACGCACUCUUCUGUGCCUUGCGUAAACCUCAAGACGCUUGCUUCAAAGGCCUGCUGAUGGGGGCGGGCAAGAGCAAGCCCAAGGAGCCAGGCCAGCGCUCACUGAGUCUUGAUGGCACCAUUGGCACGGGCUCGGACAGUGGGCACCACCACCACCUCAACUCGACCCAGCAGACCCAGACCCCCAACAGGAGUCCCGCCGUAGGGGGCGCCAGACAUGGCCACCACCCCGGGAAUGCUCCCACCAACACCCCUGAGCUGGCGCUGUUCGGUGGAGUAGACCACGCGGGCAGUAUCACCUCCCCUCACAGAGGACCACUGGCAGGAGGUGUCACUACAUUUGUGGCACUCUAUGACUAUGAAUCACGGACUGCCUCAGACCUGACCUUCAAGAAAGGCGAGCGGCUGCAGAUCAUCAACAACACGAGAAAGUACAGCUUCAGGGAAGGGGACUGGUGGCUGGCUCGGUCUCUGACUACCGGAGAAAGCGGUUACAUCCCCAGCAACUAUGUGGCCCCCUCUGACUCCAUUCAAGCAGAAGAGUGGUAUUUUGGGAAAAUAACUCGGCGCGACUCAGAGAGGCUCCUUUUGAGUUUACAGAACCGACGAGGCACCUUCCUGGUCCGAGAGAGCGAGACCACCAAGGGAGCCUACUGCCUGUCCGUGUUGGACUACGACAACACCAAAGGUCUCAACGUCAAACAUUACAAGAUACGCAAGCUAGACAGCGGUGGUUUCUACAUCACCUCACGCACCCAGUUCAGCAGCCUGCAGCAGCUGGUCUACCACUAUCAUAAGCAUGCAGAUGGACUGUGCCACUGUCUGACAGAGGUGUGUCCGAUGCUGAAGCCUCAGACCCAGGGCCUGGCCCGCGACGCCUGGGAGAUAUCCCGGGAGUCCCUCCACCUCGACCUCAAACUGGGCCAGGGCUGCUUCGGAGAGGUCUGGAUGGGGACAUGGAAUGGUACAACGCGGGUGGCCAUCAAGACCCUGAAGACGGGUACCAUGUCCCCAGAGGCCUUCCUCCAGGAAGCCCAGGUCAUGAAGAAGCUGAGACACGAGAAACUGGUGCAGCUCUACGCCGUGGUGUCUGAGGAACCCAUCUACAUCGUCACCGAGUACAUGAGCCAAGGUAGCCUGUUGGACUUCCUGAAAGGUGACACGGGCAAGCUGCUACGUCUACCCCAGUUAGUGGAUAUGGCAUCUCAGAUUGCAGCAGGGAUGGCAUACGUAGAGAGAAUGAACUACGUCCACAGAGACCUCAGGGCUGCCAACAUCCUGGUCGGGGACAACCUGGCAUGUAAAGUGGCCGACUUCGGUUUGGCCCGCCUCAUAGAGGACAACGAGUACACUGCUAGACAGGGUGCCAAGUUCCCCAUUAAGUGGACCGCGCCAGAGGCUGCACUCUACGGACGCUUCACCAUCAAGUCAGAUGUCUGGUCAUUCGGGGUCCUGCUCACUGAACUGGCCACUAAAGGCAGAGUCCCAUAUCCAGGCAUGGUGAACCGGGAGGUGUUGGAUCAGGUGGAGCGUGGCUACCGGAUGCCCUGCCCUGCUGAGUGCCCAGCCUCCAUGCACGAGCUCAUGCUCACCUGCUGGAGGAAGGACGCAGAGGAGCGGCCCACCUUCGAGUACCUGCAGGGCUUCCUGGAGGACUACUUCACCUCCACUGAGCCCCAGUACCAGCCUGGGGAGAACCUAUAAGGCUCAGGGACAUCACCCCCCCCCCUUAUGGAUGGACUUUCCCACCCCCUACCCAAUGCCCACCCAUGUCGCUGCCCACCCCUCACUGCACCCUGAUCAUGGGUCAGGUUUGUGUUAUUUCCCCACUGUAAUGGAUUAUGGUUAAGGUUGGUUUAGGAGUGGGAAGAAAAGAGGAGCUGAUCCUAGACCUGUUGUUAUGGGUGACGUCUAACCUGGAGCUACAGGUUUUGUGGAGACUGUCAUAGUGGUUGAGGGUUGGGACUGAUGCGAAAGGUGCUGAUCCUAGAUCUGUGGAGGAAAGAUGGUAAGUGUCCUAAGGUGGAGUAGGGUGCAGUUGCCCCUGGAUGCUGAUCUUGGGUCAGUUUAGCAUUUUCUCCACUAAUGGUUAAGAUCAGGGGAGGGGAAGCUGAUCCUAGAUCUGUAGCUAGGAGAAACUUCAACCCGAAGUAUCCUAAGGAAGGACGGAGGAUAGUGAGAUGGAACAUGGCCACUGUUUUGACCCUCCCUCUCUGUCCUCGUCCCUUUCUCAUCAAAGGCUUUGCCUGGAAUCCGUUCAAAGUUUUCCCAACGUGUGCACUUGUGCACUACCUGUCAAGCAUUGGAUUAGUGUAAGCAUUGGCUGUACUAGAGGAAGUCUCCCUCAUUGUUGAAAUCCUCAAGGUUGGCUGUGCAAGUGCACACUUGCAAGUUUGGAGAAAUUAGAAGCAGCCAUAGCAUCUGACCUCUCCACCUCCUCUCCUCUUGCAGAGCGCUGCCAACGUGGCACCGGUGCCGAAGGAACGUCCGUCUGUUUUUCCUCUCUCUUGUGCAUACCAAAUGGCUCGCUAUUACCUACAUACAUGUAGUGCACUACUUUUGACCAGAGCCCUAUGGGAAUAGGGUCAGAAAUAGGACCCUAGGGCUCAGGUCAAAAGUUGUGCACUAUGUAGAGAAUAGGAAGCCAUUAGGGAU